AUGAACUUCACCACUGAGGGCUGCUUUUGUCCUGAGGGAAUGAAACUCUUCAACAAAGAGUCUGGCCUAUGUGUUAAUAAGUGUGGAUGUCUUGAUCCUGAGGGUAUUCCGCGUGAGUUUAAUGAGAGGUUUGAGUACAAAUGCCAAAACUGCAUCUGCAACGAGUCCUCCAAGACUGUGUCUUGUAAGCCUAAGGUGUGCCCAACACCCCCUCUAACAAACUGCACUGGUCCAGGGUUUGUCCUUGUCAAACAACCAGAUCCCUCAGACCCCUGCUGUUCUGCUGAUGUUUGCCGUGUGGAGCGGGAGAAGGCCUGCAAAUUAGAAUCCAUGAAAACCCAGAUUAUGCUCAGGGAUUGUCAGUCAUACCAGGAGGUGGAUAUGCCCUAUUGUGAAGGAUCCUGCAACACUUUUGCCAAGUACUCUGAAGCAGCAGCAGCUCUGCAUUAUUCUUGCUCCUGCUGUAAGGAGACACGCUUCAGCAAUCGCACCAUUGACUUGCACUGCCUGAAUGGAGAUGUGGUUCCCUACACAUACAUCCAUGUGGAGGAGUGUAGCUGUAGCCCCACAGACUGCAACACAGCUGCUGGACAACCUGCUCGCAGGAGAUCAAAAGCCCUCAGUGGCAACAAUGAAGGGGAGAUUUGUGUGGUUGUGUUCCUUACUUUGUCUGCCAGUGUCAUCAAUAUCGCCGCCAGGCAGGUUCACAACCAUGUCAGCAGCAUCUGCAGCACUUGGGGAAGAGAGCACUUCAAGACAUUUGAUGGUGAUGUGUACCAGUUCCCCGGUUUGUGUGAAUACAACCUGGCCUCAGACUGCCACGAGUCCUACCAUGAGUUCUCAGUACACAUGAAGAGGAAAGAGAAUGAUGGAAAUCCUACAGUCAGUUAUGUGGUGGUCACCAUCAAUGACCUUUUAUUCCACCUCACUAAGAGCCAGGUCACUGUGAACAGCGUGCCUGUCAAAAUGCCCUACAACGAGGCAGGGGUACAAGUGGAAAAUAAUGCGGUUUACAUCAAGCUCCAAUCCAAAGUCGGCAUCACUGUCAUGUGGAAUGGUGAUGAUGCAGUCAUGGUGGAACUCGAUCGUGACUAUGUUAAUCGUACCUGUGGACUAUGUGGAGACUUCAAUGGUGUUUCUGUCUUCAAUGAGUUUAUUCUUAAUGGUCGCAAAAUGAGCCCCAUUGAGUUUGGCAACAAUCAGAAAGUCCAUCAUCCAGAUGACGAUUGUGAAGACCUUUAUGAAGAGGAAGAUGAGUCAAAGGAGGUUUUUACUGUGCCAGAUUCAUGCAAGGAGUUUCAAACCACAUGUGACAAGAUGCUGCAUUCAGAGUCCUGGAGCUCCUGCACCAAACUGAUUAACCCUGAACCUUACAUCCAGGCCUGUGUGCAGGACAUGUGUGGCUGCAACAACAGUACAAGUGACUUCUGUGUCUGCAGCACGCUUUCGGAGUUGUCUCGACAGUGCUCCCAUGCAGGAGGGCAGCCUCCCAACUGGAGGACACCUCAGUUCUGUGCUAAACAGUGCCCAUUCAGCAUGGUUUAUAAAGAGAGUGGUUCCCCUUGUAUGGAUACAUGCAAAUAUCUAGACACAAGUUCACUGUGUGAGGACCACAAAAUGGACGGCUGCUUCUGUCCUAAUGGAACUGUGUUUGAUGAUAUUUCCAUGAGAGGGUGCAUUGCUCAAUCUGAAUGUCAGUGCAAGCACGACAAAAUCUAUAACCCUGGUGAGGUUUAUCAACAGGUCGGGAAAAAUUGUACAUGUUUUGAGGGUAGAUGGGCUUGUGAGAGCCUUCAGACUCCUGCUACAUGUGCAGUUGAAGAGGGUUCACAUGUAACUACAUUUGAUGGGAAAACUUACACUUUCCAUGGAGACUGUUUCUACACCCUAGCCAAGGUGGAAAGCAAGGAUGAUGCAAGUCCAAAUUUUACCAUCCGGGCCCAGUUGGUGCCAUGUAGACACCUAGAGUCUGACACUUGUCUUAAGAACCUUAAAAUCCUGCUGAACAAUGACAAAAACAACGUAUUAGCGUUCACUUCAGAUGGCACAGUAAGGCAGAAUAUGCAAAAUCUUACUUUGCCACACCACUCAGGUGACAUCAACAUAUUUCAUGCUUCAUCCUUUCACAUCUUGCUCCAGACCAGUUUUGGGUUGCAAAUUCAGGUCCAGCAUGUGCCCGUCAUGCAAGUCUAUGUCAGCUUGGUACAGAGCUACAGAGCAAAGGCACGCGGUUUAUGUGGGAACUACAACAUGGUCCUGUCUGAUGACAUGAAGACUCCACAGGGGAUUGUGGAGGGAACAGCAGCAACUUUUAGUAACUCCUGGAAGGCUAACUUCAUGUGCCGAGACAGAGAGGAAAGACUUGAUGACCCCUGUGCCCUCAGUGUGGAAAAUGAGAAUUACGCCAAACACUGGUGCGCCUUGCUACUAAGUCCAAACAGUACCUUUGCACAGUGCCAUUCAGUGAUGGAUCCUGAGAUGUACUACAAGCGAUGUACUUACGCUAGCUGUAACUGUGAAAAGAGUGAGGCCUGCCUCUGUGCGUUCUCCUCCUACACAAGAGCUUGUGCAUCAAAGGGAGUGUUCCUGACAGACUGGAGACAGAAUGUUUGCGAUAAGUACACAAGGAGCUGUCCAGCAUCUCAGAUCUUCUCUUACAAAAAUCAGAGAUGCCAGCUGACUUGUAGAUCGUUGGGCGAAAAGCAACAAAGCUGCACUUCUGACUUCUUGCCUGUGGAUGGCUGCUCCUGCCCUGAGGGUCUCUACCUAAAUGAAGAUGACUUGUGCGUCCCCAUGGCAAAAUGCCCCUGCUACUAUAAUGAAGUCUACAUCCAGGCAGGAAAGUCCAUCAGCAUGAAAGAUGACCAAUGUAUGUGCACCAAUGGAAUACUUCAUUGCCAUUCUCUAAGAGUCCGUUCAGCAAACUGCCUGAUGGCAUCAGCCACUCUUAUUCAGGGAGUCUUUCAGCAGGGGUUUAGGUGCUUUGGCACAAGCCUCUCAAAGAUCUACCUGAGGUGUGGAUUGGGCGAUCUCUUGUUCUCCAUGACUAACGAUGGAAAGCAAGGUUUAAAUCUCCACCUUCUUAUGGAUGCUGGACAGAGAGGACCCAAAAGCCACGCUCAGGUGAAAGAGGAUUUAUUGAGGGAAAAGGGGGUUGAGGAAGUGGAGGUGAGGGAGAGGUGGAUGCCGGGGGGAACACGGGCACGGGGGACCGAGGAGCAAGUAGGACAGAGGGGGCUGAGGCAGAGGAGCCGAGGAGCAGUUGGGGCCAAGGAGGCUGGACGAGGGAACUGGGAGGCACCGGGGACAGAGGAAGAGAGGAGGCACGGGAGGACUGACCGGGGGGUUGGUGGAGGAGUGUGGUGGCAGGCUGACUGUGAGGCACGAGGGGAAGCGGAGAGGGUGCCGUGGAAGACGCCCGAGGGGAAAGGGCAGGCAGGCAGGCAAGCCCAGCUGACUAGACGAAGGACGGAGGACUCCCCAGAGUGUGCAUCUGGCUGUCAGUGUCCAGGUGGCCUUAUUGAUGAUGGAAAAGGCUCCUGUGUAAAAGUCCAUGAAUGUCCAUGUCAGCAUGAUGGGCAUCUUUAUGCCCCUGGAACACAAAUCCGUAACCAGUGCAACAGCUGUACCUGCAAAAGUGGAAAUUGGGAGUGCACAGAGAAAAGAUGUCCGGGAACUUGCAUUAUUUAUGGGAGUGGUCACUACAAUACAUUUGAUCAGCGAUCAUAUGGGUUUCAAGGACAUUGUGACUCUGUUGCUGUUAAGAACAACUGUGGCAAUAAAACAGUGCAAGGCAAGUUUGGUGUUAUCACAGAAAAUGUACCAUGUGGAACUACAGGCACCACAUGCUCUAAAACUGUUAGAAUCCAUCUGGGGCGAAUGGAAGUCAAACUAUCAAAGGGUCACUAUAAGGAAGAGGACCUUGGAGAUGGCCCUCAGAUUCAGUACAAAAUAAGGAGGGUUGGGUUGUAUCUGGUUAUAGAAUCUGCCAUUGGUCUGACAGUGAUGUGGGAUCGCAAAACAACUGUUCGCAUCCUCCUUGAACCACAGCACAAAGGAGAGGUAUGUGGCCUAUGUGGAGAUUUUGAUGGUGAUGGACAGAAUGACUUCACCACCCAGGGUCAGCUGGCAGUGAGCAAUCCAUUAGAGUUUGCAAACAGUUGGAAAGUGUCAAGCAGCUGCCCAGAUGUGGAAAUGAAUGUUGACCCUUGUGGAGCAAGACCCACUAGACAUCACUGGGCAAAAAUGAUGUGCAACAUUAUAAUUGCAAAGGAUGGUACUUUCAAAGACUGCCACAAUAAGGUAGAUUCCCAUCCAUUUUAUGAAAACUGUGUGACAGACUCAUGUGCCUGCGACUCUGGAGGAGACUGUGAGUGUUUCUGCACAGCAGUUGCAUCUUAUGCUCAAGCUUGUAAUGAGGCCGGUGUCUGUGUUGCAUGGAGAACUCCAGAAAUCUGUCCUGUCUUUUGUGACUACUACAACAGCCCAGGUGAAUGCAAGUGGCACUACAACGCUUGCCACACACCUUGCUAUAAGACCUGCUUCAAUCCACAAGGAAAUUGCAGCAACUCUUUACCCCACCUGGAAGGUUGUUACCCUGUAUGCCCAGAAGACAAGCCCAUAUUUGAUGAGGAGAACCGGACAUGCGUGGUCCGAUGUAAAGGUUGCUUUUACAAUGGAACUAGAUAUAAGGAAGGUCAAGUUAUUUACAACGUGACUGAACAUUCGGGAAUGUGCAACAUUGCAAAGUGCAUAGAUGAAACAGUGAUAUUUGAAAAUGAAAUCUGCCCACCCAAGGUGCCUAUUAUUGUCAUCACUACAACUACUGAACCUACUACUACAAAUGAAGCGCCAACUACUACCACAAGGUCUACAACACCACCUACUGAACCUAGUACUACAACUGAAGUUCCAACUACAACCACAGAAUCUACAACACCAGUUCCAACCACAACAACAUCUAAAUCUACAACACCAACAGAACCGACUACUACAACUGAAGCGACAACUACAACCACAAGAUCUACAACACCACUAACUAAACCUACAACUACAACUGAAGCGACAACUACAACAACACCAAAGACUACAACAACACCAACUGAAUCUACUGCUACAACUGAAGUGCCAACUACAACCACAAUGUCUACAACACCACCUACUAAACCUACAACAAUACCAACUGAAUCUACUACUACAACUGAAGCGACAACUACAACCACAAUGUCUACAACACCACCUACUAAACCUACAACACCAACUAAACCUACAACUACAACUGAAGUUCCAACUACAACCACAGAAUCUACAACACCAGUUCCAACCACAACAACAUCGAAAUCUACAACACCAACUGAACCUACUACUACUACUGAAGCGACAACUACAACAACACCAAAGACUACAACAACACCAACUGAAUCUACUGCUACCACUGAAGUGCCAACUACAUCCACAAUGUCUUCAACACCACCUACUAAACCUACAACAACACCAACUGAAUCUACUACUACAACUGAGGUGCCAACUACAACCACAGAAUCUACAACAACACCAGUCACAGUAUCUACGACUCCUUCAACAACUACUCCUGCUCCCUGUAAUACUAAAAUGAAUAGAUGUGAGUGGUCAGAGUGGUAUGAUGUGUAUGACCCAAAAAAUGACAACAGUGACUUGGAAACAUAUGAGAACAUCAGAAAUAGCGGUAAACAGGUAUGUCAAGAUCCUAGCAACAUUGAAUGUGGAUCGACAGUUGACACUAGGAAAAACUUCAAUGACUUUGUGAGUGAAACUGGCCAAGUUGUUACUUGUGAUCUGAAAAAUGGUUUAACAUGUCAACAAAAGGACCAGAUAAGUCCUCCACUGAAGUGCUUUAACUAUAGGAUCAGAGUACAAUGUUGUAAAAUGGUAGAUGAACCAUGUACAACUACUCCCGUCACUACUAAACCUAGUACUACAACUGAAGUUCCAACUACAACCACAAUGUCUACAACACCACAUACUGAACCUACUACAACAACUGAAGUUCCAACUUCAACCACAAUGUCUACAACACCACCUACUAAACCUACAACAACACCAACUGAAUCUACUGCUACAACUGAAGUGCCAACUACAACCAAUGUCUACAACACCACAUACUGA